AUGAUCAUGCCGACAGAAGCCCCUUACCUCGAAAUCAGUCGGCGCAAGGUGGCUGAGAGAGACAGCAAAAUCCCAGCAGAGUGGAGUAUAUCGAUCCCAGAGGACGACGACAAUCUGCUCCAAUUACCGCGGACAUGCUCCUUAUUAUCGCAGCGAGAAUUGGAAAUCACGGAAAACUACGACUCGGUGGCUCUUUUAGCGAAAAUCCAUGCGCGGGUGUACAGCAGUGUCGAAGUGACGAGAGCAUUUUGUAAAAGAGCGGCAAUCGCGCAACAAGCUUUGAAUUGUCUGACGGAGAUAUUCUUCGACCAAGCCCUCGAGCGGGCGGCAUACCUUGACGACUACAUCAACCGAACAGGAAAACCGUUGGGUCCUCUGCACGGCCUGCCGAUUGCUCUGAAAGACAGUAUCAAUGUAGCGGGCAUUGACUCCACCAUUGGUAUGGCGGCAUUCGCCUUCAAGCCGGUCAAGCAAAAUUCGGUCAUUGUCGACAUGCUCUUGUCGCUGGGGGCUGUUAUGUAUGUGAAGACCAACGUCCCACAAUCUAUGAUGACGCCCGAUACGGAGAACUUCGUGUUCGGGCAGUCUCGAAAUGCCAGAUCCAAGUACUUGACAGCGGCUGGGAGCUCUGGUGGUUUGGGCGCUUUGCUUGGUAUUCGAGGAGCCUUGAUGGGGAUAGGGACGGAUGUGGGAGGGAUCCCAGCUUAUUGCAAUGGAGUCUACGCGGUCAAGCCGUCCUCAGGUCGUCUUCCCUACCACUUGCUCCAAGGUUAUUUGACGGACGGAGCCGAGACGGUCGGCAUUCUGUGCGUUAACGGCGUCCUGGCCGUCUCAAUGAGAGACUGUGAGCUUCUUCUCCGCUCAGUAUCGGAUGCAGAGCCCUGGCUUUACGAUCCUGGGUGUAGCUAUUUGCCAUGGGAAUCACAGCCUUUGCCGGAACGACCGUUGGUAUUUGGUAUCAUUCGGGAAGACCACGAAACCACGCCUUUGCCGCCUCUGCUUCGGAUCCUUCGAGAGACCAGCGACAAGCUCCGAGCAGCCGGUCACGAAGUUGUUGAUAUGGAGUUCUACAAGUGCGCCGAACUUGCCCAAAACGCGGUUGGGCACUUCAAACUCGAAGGCGGAAAGGCUCUUGACGCUGCUCGCGAUCUCACGGGAGAGCCGUACACGGAAUCAGUCAAACAAGGUGGCCUAUAUCCCUGCAAGGAAGGGACCCUGGCCGAUCUAUUCGCCUUGAGUGCAGAGCGGCUGCAACUGCAGACCGAUUGGCUUCACUAUUGGGCGUCGACGGCGAAACGUACCCGUUCAGGUCGGCCGGUGGAUGUCAUUCUCUGCCCACCGCAGAGCUGUCUGCCACGGCCGCACGACACUCUGAUCCGCAGCCACUUUUCGCGGAUCUGGAACGUGCUGGACUAUCCUGCUGCUAUUGUGCAAUGCGGCGGCGUGGAUCUGAGCAAGGACGACGUGGAACUGCCUCCGCCACGUGGUCCGAUGGAUGAGAGGGUGCAAUCAAUAUACACAAAAGAAAAACGGCAGCGGUACGAAGGAUUCCCACUCGGGCUGCAGGUGGUCGGACAGCGUCAAAUGGAAGCCAAACUGGUCAAAGUAGCACGUCUUGUCGAAGAACUGGCUCGGUAA